UUUUGUUAAGAAGAUAUUAAUAAGAUACUCAUAUUUUGUAGCGGACUCUCAAUAUUUUUUUCCCUUUAUAUAAUCUGGCUAUUUUUUACUCUUUUUAUAGUUCUAUGUGAGAAAUCGUUUUCCAAGUAGUAUAAAAUAUUGCUAUGUUGAACCUGGCCCGAAGAGAUCCAGCUAAUCAUUCUGUGUUGAUUUCAUAUUGAAUUCUUUCACCGCGUUCACCGCCAUUCACCGCAUAAUAGUCUCCUACACCGCAUGAGAUAAGCAGGUCACAACAAUUUACUACUGUCUUUAAUUUCACAAAAAUUGCAGAUCGUCCCUGGUGGCUUAGUGGUAGUUCGUCUGGCCUGUCUCUAUUAACGUUUGGGUUCAAAUCCCGCUGAACUCAUAUUUUGUAGCGGACUCUCAAUAUUUUUUUUCCUUUAUUUAUUGUUGCUAUUUUUUAUACUUUUUAUACUUCUAUGUGAGAAAUCGCUUUGCAAGUAGCAUAAAAUAUUGCUAUUUUGAACUUGGCCCAAAGAGAUCCAGCUAAUAAUUCUGUGUUGAUUUCAUAUUGAAUUCUUUCACGGCGUUCACCACCAUUCAGCGCAUAAUAGUCUCGUACACCGCAUGAGAUAAGCAGGUCACAACAAUCUACUAUUGUCUUUAAUUUCACAAAAAUUUCAGAUCGUCCCUGGUGGCUUAGUGGUAGUUCGUCUGGCCUGUCUCUAUUAACGUUUGGGUUCAAAUCACGUUGAACUCAUAUUUUGUAGCGGACUCACAAUAUUUUUUUUCCCUUUAUAUAAUCUGGCUAUUUUUUACUCUUUUUAUAGUUCUAUGUGAGAAAUCGCUUUGCAAGUAGUAUAAAAUAUUGCUAUGUUGAACCUGGCCCGAAGAGAUCCAGCUAAUCAUUCUGUGUUGAUUUCAUAUUGAAUUAAUUCACCGCGUUCACCGCCAUUCACCGCAUAAUAGUCUCCUACACCGCAUGAGAUAAGCAGGUCAGAACAAUCUACUAUUGUCUUUAAUUUCACAAAAAUUUCAGAUCGUCCCUGGUGGCUUAGUGGUAGUUCGUCUGCCCUGUCUCUAUUAACGUUUGGGUUCAAAUCACGUUGAACUGAUAUUUUGUAGCGGACUCUCAAUAUUUUUUUUCUUUAUUUAUUCUUGCUAUUUUUUAUACUUUUUAUAGUUCUAUGCGAGAAAUCGCUUUGCAAGUAGUAUAAAAUAUUGCUAUGUUGAACCUGGCCCGAAGAGAUCCAGCUAAUCAUUCUGUGUUGAUUUCAAAUUGAAUUCUUUCACCGCGUUCACCGCCAUUCACCGCAUAAUAGUCUCCUACACCGCAUGAGAUAAGCAGGUCACAACAAUCUACUAUUGUCUUUAAUUUCACAAAAAUUUCAGAUCGUCCCUGGUGGCUUAGUGGUAGUUCGUUUGGCCUAUCUCGAUAAACGUUUGAGUUCAAAUCACGCUGAACUCAUAUUUUGUAGCAGACUCACAAAUUUUUUUCCUUUUAAUCUUUAUAUAAUCUGGCUAUUUUUUACUCUUUUUAUAUUUCUAUGUGAGAAAUUGCUUUACAAGGAGAAAAAAAUAUUGCUAUGUUGAACCUGGCCUGAAGAGAUCCAGCUAAUCAUUCUGUGUUGAUUUCAUAUUGAAUUCUUUCACCGCGUUCACCGCCAUUCACCGCAUAAUAGUCUCCUACACCGCAUGAGAUAAGCAGGUCACAACAAUUUACUAUUGUCUUUAAUUUCACAAAAAUUGCAGAUCGUCCCUGGUGGCUUAGUGGUAGUUCGUCUGCCCUGUCUCGAUUAACGUUUGGGUUCAAAUCCCGUUGAACUCAUAUUUUGUAGCGGACUCUCAAUAUUUUUUUUUCCUUUAUUUAUUGUUGCUAUUUUUUAUACUUUUUAUACUUCUAUGUGAGAAAUCGCUUUGCAAGUAGCAUAAAAUAUUGCUAUUUUGAACUUGGCCCAAAGAGAUCCAGCUAAUAAUUCUGUGUUGAUUUCAUAUUGAAUUCUUUCACGGCGUUCACCACCAUUCACCGCAUAAUAGUCUCGUACACCGCAUGAGAUAAGCAGGUCACAACAAUCUACUAUUGUCUUUAAUUUCACAAAAAUUUCAGAUCGUCCCUGGUGGCUUAGUGGUAGUUCCUCUGGCCUGUCUCUAUUAACGUUUGUGUUCAAAUCACGUUGAACUCAUAUUUUGUAGCGGACUCACAAUAUUUUUUUUCCCUUUAUAUAAUCAGGCUAUUUUUUACUCUUUUUAUAGUUCUAUGUGAGAUAUCGCUUUGCAAGUAGUAUAAAAUAUUGCUAUGUUGAACCUGGCCCGAAGAGAUCCAGCUAAUCAUUCCGUGUUGAUUUCAUAUUGAAUUCUUUCACCGCGUUCACCGCCAUUCACCGCAUAAUAGUCUCCUACACCGCAUGAGAUAAGCAGGUCACAACAAUCUACUAUUGUCUUUAAUUUCACAAAAAUUUCAGAUCGUCCCUGGUGGCUUAGUGGUAGUUCGUCUGGCCUGUCUCUAUUAACGUUUGGGUUCAAAUCACGUUGAACUCAUAUUUUGUAGCGGACUCACAAUAUUUUUUUUCCCUUUAUAUAAUCUGGCUAUUUUUUACUCUUUUUAUAGUUCUAUGUGAGAAAUCGUUUUCCAAGUAGUAUAAAAUAUUGCUAUGUUGAACCUGGCCCGAAGAAAUCCAGCUAAUCAUUCUGUGUUGAUUUCAUAUUGAAUUCUUUCACCGCGUUCACCGCCAUUCACCGCAUAAUAGUCUCCUACACCGCAUGAGAUAAGCAGGUCACAACAAUUUACUAAUCUCUUUAAUUUCACAAAAAUUUCAGAUCGUCCCUGGUGGCUUAGUGGUAGUUCGUCUGGCCUGUCUCUAUUAACGUUUGGGUUCAAAUCACGUUGAACUCAUAUUUUGUAGCGGACUCACAAUAUUUUUUUUCCCUUUAUAUAAUCUGGCUAUUUUUUACUCUUUUUAUAGUUCUAUGUGAGAUAUCGCUUUGCAAGUAGUAUAAAAUAUUGCUAUGUUGAACCUGGCCCGAAGAGAUCCAGCUAAUCAUUCCGUGUUAAUUUCAUAUUGAAUUCUUUCACCGCAUUCACCGCCAUUCACCGCAUAAUAGUCUCCUACACCGCAUGAGAUAAGCAGGUCACAACAAUCUACUAUUGUCUUUAAUUUCACAAAAAUUUCAGAUCGUCCCUGGUGGCUUAGUGGUAGUUCGUUUGGCCUAUCUCGAUAAACGUUUGAGUUGAAAUCACGCUGAACUCAUAUUUUGUAGCAGACUCACAAUUUUUUUUCCCUUUAAUCUUUAUAUAAUCUGGCUAUUUUUUACUCUUUUUAUAUUUCUAUGUGAGAAAUUGCUUUACAAGCAGAAAAAAUAUUGCUAUGUUGAACCUGGCCUGAAGAGAUCCAGCUAAUCAUUCUGUGUUGAUUUCAUAUUGAAUUCUUUCACCGCGUUCACCGCCAUUCACCGCAUAAUAGUCUCCUACACCGCAUGAGAUAAGCAGGUCACAACAAUCUACUAUUGUCUUUAAUUUCACAAAAAAUUCAGAUCGUCCCUGGUGGCUUAGUGGUAGGUCGUUUGGCCUGUCUCUAUUAACGUUUGGGUUCAAAUCACGUUGAACUCAUAUUUUGUAGCGGACUCACAAGAUUUUUUUUCCUUUAUUUAUUCUUGCUAUUUUUUAUACUUUUUAUAGUUCUAUGUGAGAAAUCGCUUUGCAAGUAGUAUAAAAUAUUGCUAUUUUGAACUUGGCCCGAAGAGAUCCAGCUAAUCAUUCUGUGUUGAUUUCAUAUUGAAUUCUUUCACGGCGUUCACCGCCAUUCAGCGCAUAAUAGUCUCGUACCCCGCAUGAGAUAAGCAGGUCACAACAAUCUACUAUUGUCUUUAAUUUCACAAAAAUUUCAGAUCGUCCCUGGUGGCUUAGUGGUAGUUCGUCUGGCCUGUCUCUAUUAACGUUUGGGUUCAAAUCCCGUUGAACUCAUAUUUUGUAGCAGACUCUCAAUAUUUUUUUCCUUUAUUUAUUCUUGCUAUUUCUUAUACUUUUUAUACUUCUAUGUGAGAAAUCGCUUUGCAAGUAGUAUAAAAUAUUGCUAUGUUGAACCUGGCCCGAAGAGAUCCAGCUAAUCGUUCUGUGUUGAUUUCACAUUGAAUUCUUUCACCGCGUUCACCGCCAUUCACCGCAUAAUAGUUUCCUACACCGCAUGAGAUAAGCAGGUCACAACAAUCUACUAUUGUCUUUAAUUUCACAAAAAUUUCAGAUCGUCGCUGGUGGCUUAGUGGUAGUUCGUUUGGCCUAUCUCGAUAAACGUUUGAGUUCAAAUCACGCUGAACUCACAUUUUGUAGCAGACUCACAAUCUUUUUCCCUUUAAUCUUUAUAUAAUCUGGCUAUUUUUUACUCUUUUUAUAUUUCUAUGUGAGAAAUUGCUUUACAAGCAGAAAAAAUAUUGCUAUGUUGAACCUGGCCCGAAGAGAUCCAGCUAAUCAUUCUGUGUUGAUUUCAUAUUGAAUUCUUUCACCGCGUUCACCGCCAUUCACCGCAUAAUAGUCUCCUACACCGCAUGAGAUAAGCAGGUCACAACAAUCUACUAUUGUCUUUAAUUUCACAAAAAUUUCAGAUCGUCCCUGGUGGCUUAGUGGUAGUUCGUUUGGCCUGUCUCUAUUAACGUUUGGGUUCAAAUCCCGUUGAACUCAUAUUUUUUAGCGGACUCUCAAUAUUUUUUUUCCUUUAUUUAUUCUUGCUAUUUUUUAUACUUUUUGUACUUCUAUGUGAGAAAUCGCUUUGCAAGUAGUAUAAAAUAUUGCUAUGUUGAACCUGGCCCGAAGAGAUCCAGCUAAUCAUUCUAUGUUGAUUUCAUAUUGAAUUCUUUCACCGCGUUCACCGCCAUUCACCGCAUAAUAGUCUCCUACACCGCAUGAGAUAAGCAGGUCACAACAAUCUACUAUUGUCUUUAAUUUCACAAAAAUUUCAGAUCGUCCCUAGUGGCUUAGUGGUAGUUCGUCUGGCCUGUCUCUAUUAACGUUUGGGUUCAAAUCACGUUGAACUCAUAUUUUGUAGCGGACUCACAAUAUUUUUUUCCCUUUAUAUAAUCUGGCUAUUUUUUACUCUUUUUAUAGUUCAAUGUGAGAAAUCGCUUUGCAAGUAGUAUAAAAUAAUGCUAUGUUGAACCUGGCCCGAAGAGAUCCAGCUAAUCAUUCUGUGUUGAUUUCAUAUUGAAUUCUUUCACCGCGUUCACCGCCAUUCACCGCAUAAUAGUCUCCUACACCGCAUGAGAUAAGCAGGUCACAACAAUCUACUAUUCUCUUUAAUUUCACAAAAAUUUCAGAUCGUCCCUGGUGGCUUAGUGGUAGUUCGUCUGGCCUGUCUCUAUUAACGUUUGGGUUCAAAUCACGUUGAACUCAUAUUUUGUAGCGGACUCUCAAUAUUUUUUUUCCCUUUAUAUAAUCUGGCUAUUUUUUACUCUUUUUAUAGUUCUAUGUGAGAAAUCGCUUUGCAAGUAGUAUAAAAUAAUGCUAUGUUGAACCUGGCCCGAAGAGAUCCAGCUAAUCAUUCUGUGUUGAUUUCAUAUUGAAUUCUUUCACCGCGUUCACCGCCAUUCACCGCAUAAUAGUCUCCUACACCGCAUGAGAUAAGCAGGUCACAACAAUCUACUAUUGUCUUUAAUUUCACAAAAAUUUCAGAUCGUCCCUGGUGGCUUAGUGGUAGUUCGUCUGGCCUGUCUCUAUUAACGUUUGGGUUCAAAUCACGUUGAACUCAUAUUUUGUAGCGGACUCACAAUAUUUUUUUUCCCUUUAUAUAAUCUGGCUAUUUUUUACUCUUUUUAUAGUUCUAUGUGAGAAAUCGCUUUGCAAGUAGUAUAAAAUAUUGCUAUGUUGAACCUGGCCCGAAGAGAUCCAGCUAAUCAUUCUGUGUUGAUUUCAUAUUGAAUUCUUUCACCGCGUUCACCGCCAUUCACCGCAUAAUAGUCUCCUACACCGCAUGAGAUAAGCAGGUCACAACAAUCUACUAUUGUCUUUAAUUUCACCAAAAUUUCAGAUCGUCCCUGGUGGCUUAGUGGUAGUUCGUCUGGCCUGUCUCUAUUAACGUUUGGGUUCAAAUCACGUUGAACUCAUAUUUUGUAGCGGACUCUCAAUAUUUUUUUUCCUUUAUAUAAUCUUGGCUAUUUUUUAUACUUUUUAUACUUCUAUGUGAGAAAUCGCUUUGCAAGUAGUAUAAAAUAUUGCUAUUUUGAACUUGGCCCAAAGAGAUCCAGCUAAUCAUUCUGUGUUGAUUUCAUAUUGAAUUCUUUCACCGCGUUCACCGCCAUUCACCGCAUAAUAGUCUCCUACACCGCAUGAGAUAAGCAGGUCACAACAAUCUACUAUUGUCUUUAAUUUCACAAAAAUUUCAGAUCGUCCCUGGUGGCUUAGUGGUAGUUCGUCUGGCCUGUCUCUAUUAACGUUUGGGUUCAAAUCACGUUGAACUCAUAUUUUGUAGCGGACUCACAAUAUUUUUUUUCCCUUUAUAUAAUCUGGCUAUUUUUUACUCUUUUUAUAGUUCUAUGUGAGAAAUCGCUUUGCAAGUAGUAUAAAAUAUUGCUAUGUUGAACCUGGCCCGAAGAGAUCCAGCUAAUCAUUCUGUGUUGAUUUCAUAUUGAAUUCUUUCACCGCGUUCACCGCCAUUCACCGCAUAAUAGUCUCCUACACCGCAUGAGAUAAGCAGGUCACAACAAUCUACUAUUGUCUUUAAUUUCACAAAAAUUUCAGAUCGUCCCUGGUGGCUUAGUGGUAGUUCGUCUGGCCUGUCUCUAUUAACGUUUGGGUUCAAAUCACGUUGAACUCAUAUUUUGUAGCGGACUCUCAAUAUUUUUUUUCCCUUUAUAUAAUCUGGCUAUUUUUUACUCUUUUUAUAGUUCUAUGUGAGAUAUCGCUUUGCAAGUAGUAUAAAAUAUUGCUAUGUUGAACCUGGCCCGAAGAGAUCCAGCUAAUCAUUCCGUGUUAAUUUCAUAUUGAAUUCUUUCACCGCGUUCACCGCCAUUCACCGCAUAAUAGUCUCCUACACCGCAUGAGAUAAGCAGGUCACAACAAUCUACUAUUGUCUUUAAUUUCACAAAAAUUUCAGAUCAUCCCUGGUGGCUUAGUGGUAGUUCGUCUGGCCUGUCUCUAUUAACGUUUGGGUUCAAAUCACGUUGAACUCAUAUUUUGUAGCGGACUCUCAAUAUUGUUUUUCCCUUUAUAUAAUCUGGCUAUUUUUUACUCUUUUUAUAGUUCUAUGUGAGAAAUCGCUUUGCAAGUAGUAUAAAAUAUUGCUAUGUUGAACCUGGCCCGAAGAGAUCCAGCUAAUCAUUCUGUGUUGAUUUCAUAUUGAAUUCUUUCACCGCGUUCACCGCCAUUCACCGCAUAAUAGUCUCCUACACCGUAUGAGAUAAGCAGGUCACAACAAUCUACUAUUGUCUUUAAUUUCACAAAAAAUUCAGAUCGUCCCUGGUGGCUUAGUGGUAGUUCGUUUGGCCUAUCUCGAUAAACGUUUGAGUUGAAAUCACGCUGAACUCAUAUUUUGUAGCAGACUCACAAACUUUUUUCCCUUUAAUCUUUAUAUAAUCUGGCUAUUUUUUACUCUUUUUAUAUUUCUAUGUGAGAAAUUGCUUUAAAAGCAGAAAAAAAUAUUGCUAUGUUGAACCUGGCCUGAAGAGAUCCAGCUAAUCAUUCUGUGUUGAUUUCAUAUUGAAUUCUUUCACCGCGUUCACCGCCAUUCACCGCAUAAUAGUCUCCUACACCGCAUGAGAUAAGCAGGUCACAACAAUCUACUAUUGUCUUUAAUUUCACAAAAAUUUCAGAUCGUCCCUGGUGGCUUAGUGGUAGUUCGUCUGGCCUGUCUCUAUUAACGUUUGGGUUCAAAUCACGUUGAACUGAUAUUUUGUAGCGGACUCUCAAUAUUUUUUUUCUUUAUUUAUUCUUGCUAUUUUUUAUACUUUUUAUAGUUCUAUGCGAGAAAUCGCUUUGCAAGUAGUAUAAAAUAUUGCUAUGUUGAACCUGGCCCGAAGAGAUCCAGCUAAUCAUUCUGUGUUGAUUUCAAAUUGAAUUCUUUCACCGCGUUCACCGCCAUUCACCGCAUAAUAGUCUCCUACACCGCAUGAGAUAAGCAGGUCACAACAAUCUACUAUUGUCUUUAAUUUCACAAAAAUUUCAGAUCGUCCCUGGUGGCUUAGUGGUAGUUCGUCUGGCCUGUCUCUAUUAACGUUUGGGUUGAAAUCCCGUUGAACUCAUAUUUUGUAGCGGACUCUCAAUAUUUUUUUUCCCUUUAUAUAAUCUGGCUAUUUUUUACUCUUUUUAUAGUUCUAUGUGAGAAAUCGCUUUGCAAGUAGUAUAAAAUAUUGCUAUGUUGAACCUAGCCCGAAGAGAUCCAGCUAAUCAUUCUGUGUUGAUUUCAUAUUGAAUUUUUUCACCGCGUUCACCGCCAUUCACCGCAUAAUAGUCUCCUACACCGUAUGAGAUAAGCAGGUCACAACAAUCUACUAUUGUCUUUAAUUUCACAAAAAUUUCAGAUCGUCCCUGGUGGCUUAGUGGUAGGUCGUUUGGCCUGUCUCUAUUAACGUUUGGGUUCAAAUCCCGUUGAACUCAUAUUUUGUAGCGGACUCUCAAUAUUUUUUUUCCUUUAUUUAUUCUUGCUAUUUUUUAUACUCUUUAUACUUCUAUGUGAGAAAUCGCUUUGCAAGUAGUAUAAAAUAUUGCUAUUUUGAACUUGGGCCGAAGAGAUCCAGCUAAUCAUUCUGUGUUGAUUUCAUAUUGAAUUUUUUCACCGCGUUCACCGCCAUUCACCGCAUUAUAGUCUCCUACACUCAUGAGAUAAGCAGGUCACAACAAUUUACUAUUGUCUUUAAUUUCACAAAAAUUUCAGAUCGUCCCUGGUGGCUUAGUGGUAGUUCGUCUGGCCUGUCUCUAUUAACGUUUGGGUUCAAAUCACGUUGAACUCAUAUUUUGUAGCGGAUUCACAAUAUUUUUUUUCCCUUUAUAUAAUCUGGCUAUUUUUUACUCUUUUUAUAGUUCUAUGUGAGAAAUCGUUUUCCAAGUAGUAUAAAAUAUUGCUAUGUUGAACCUGGCCCGAAGAGAUCCAGCUAAUCAUUCUGAGUUGAUUUCACAUUGAAUUCUUUCACCGCGUUCACCGCCAUUCACCGCAUAAUAGUCUCCUACACCGCAUGAGAUAAGCAGGUCACAACAAUUUACUAUUGUCUUUAAUUUCACAAAAAUUGCAGAUCGUCCCUGGUGGCUUAGUGGUAGUUCGUCUGGCCUGUCUCUAUUAACGUUUGGGUUCAAAUCCCGUUGAACUCAUAUUUUGUAGCGGACUCUCAAUAUUUUUUUUCCUUUAUUUAUUGUUGCUAUUUUUUAUACUUUUUAUACUUCUAUGUGAGAAAUCGCUUUGCAAGUAGCAUAAAAUAUUGCUAUUUUGAACUUGGCCCAAAGAGAUCCAGCUAAUAAUUCUGUGUUGAUUUCAUAUUGAAUUCUUUCACGGCGUUCACCAGCAUUCACCGCAUAAUAGUCUCGUACACCGCAUGAGAUAAGCAGGUCACAACAAUCUACUAUUGUCUUUAAUUUCACAAAAAUUUCAGAUCGUCCCUGGUGGCUUAGUGGUAGUUCGUCUGGCCUGUCUCUAUUAACGUUUGUGUUCAAAUCACGUUGAACUCAUAUUUUGUAGCGGACUCACAAUAUUUUUUUUCCUUUAUAUAAUCUGGCUAUUUUUUACUCUUUUUAUAGUUCUAUGUGAGAUAUCGCUUUGCAAGUAGUAUAAAAUAUUGCUAUGUUGAACCUGGCCCGAAGAGAUCCAGCUAAUCAUUCCGUGUUAAUUUCAUAUUGAAUUCUUUCACCGCAUUCACCGCCAUUCACCGCAUAAUAGUCUCCUGCACCGCAUGAGAUAAGCAGGUCACAACAAUCUACUAUUGUCUUUAAUUUCACAAAAAUUUCAGAUCGUCCCUGGUGGCUUAGUGGUAGUUCGUUUGGCCUAUCUCGAUAAACGUUUGAGUUGAAAUCACGCUGAACUCAUAUUUUGUAGCAGACUCACAAAUUUUUUUCCCUUUAAUCUUUAUAUAAUCUGGCUAUUUUUUACUCUUUUUAUAUUUCUAUGUGAGAAAUUGCUUUACAAGCAGAAAAAAAUAUUGCUAUGUUGAACCUGGCCUGAAGAGAUCCAGCUAAUCAUUCUGUGUUGAUUUCAUAUUGAAUUCUUUCACCGCGUUCACCGCCAUUCACCGCAUAAUAGUCUCCUACACCGCAUGAGAUAAGCAGGUCACAACAAUCUACUAUUGUCUUUAAUUUCACAAAAAUUUCAGAUAGUCCCUGGUGGCUUAGUGGUAGUUCGUCUGGCCUGUCUCUAUUAACGUUUGGGUUCAAAUCACGUUGAACUCAUAUUUUGUAGCGGACUCACAAUAUUUUUUUUCCCUUUAUAUAAUCUGGCUAUUUUUUACUCUUUUUAUAGUUCUAUGUGAGAAAUCGGUUUCCAAGUAGUAUAAAAUAUUGCUGUGUUGAACCUGGCCCGAAGAGAUCCAGCUAAUCAUUCUGUGUUGAUUUCAUAUUGAAUUCUUUCACCGCGUUCAGCGCCAUUCACCGCAUAAUAGUCUCCUACACCGCAUAAGAUAAGCAGGUCACAACAAUCUACUAUUGUCUUUGAUUUCACAAAAAUUUCAGAUCGUCCCUGGUGGCUUAGUGAUAGGUCGUUUGGCCUGUCUCUAUUAACGUUUGGGUUCAAAUCCCGUUGAACUCAUAUUUUGUAGCGGACUCUCAAUAUUUUUUUUCCUUUAUUUAUUCUUGCUAUUUUUUAUACUUUUUAUACUUCUAUGUGAGAAAUCGCUUUGCAAGUAGUAUAAAAUAUUGCUAUUUUGAACUUGGGCCGAAGAGAUCCAGCUAAUCAUUCUGUGUUGAUUUCAUAUUGAAUUUUUUCACCGCGUUCACCGCCAUUCACCGCAUAAUAGUCUCCUACACUCAUGAGAUAAGCAGGUCACAACAAUCUACUAUUGUCUUUAAUUUCACAAAAAUUUCAGAUCGUCCCUGGUGGUUUAGUGGUAGUUCGUCUGGCCUGUCUCUAUUAACGUUUGCGUUCAAAUUACGUUGAACUCAUAUUUUGUAGCAGACUCACAAUUUUUUUUCCCUUUAAUCUUUAUAUAAUCUGGCUAUUUUUUACUCUUUUUAUAUUUCUAUGUGAGAAAUUGCUUUACAAGCAGAAAAAAAUAUUGCUAUGUUGAAGCUGGCCCGAAGAGAUCCAGCUAAUCAUUCUGUGUUGAUUUCAUAUUGAAUUCUUCAACGCGUUCACCGCCAUUCACCGCAUAAUAGUCUCCUACACCGCAUGAGAUAAGCAGGUCACAACAAUCUACUAUUGUCUUUAAUUUCGCAAGAACUUCAGAUCGUCCCUGGUGGCUUAGUGGUAGUUCGUAUGUCCUGUCUCUAUUAACGUUUGGGUUCAAAUCCCGUUGAACUCAUAUUUUUUAGCGGACUCUCAAUAUUUUUUUCCCUUUAUUUAUUCUUGCUAUUUUUUAUACUUUUUGUACUUCUAUGUGAGAAAUCGCUUUGCAAGUAGUAUAAAAUAUUGCUAUGUUGAACCUGGCCCGAAGAGAUCCAGCUAAUCAUUCUCUGUUGAUUUCAUAUUGAAUUCUUUCACCGCGUUCACCGUCAUUCACCGCAUAAUAGUCUCCUACACCGCAUGAGAUAAGCAGGUCGCAACAAUCUACUAUUGUCUUUAAUUUCACAAAAAUUUCAGAUCGUCCCUGGUGGCUUAGUGGUAGUUCGUACGGCCUGUCUCUAUUAACGUUUGGGUUCAAAUCACGUUGAACUCAUAUUUUGUAGCGGACUCACAAUAUUUUUUUCCCUUUAUAUAAUCUGGCUAUUUUUUACUCUUUUUAUAGUUCUAUGUGAGAAAUCGCUUUGCAAGUAGUAUAAAAUAUUGCUAUGUUGAACCUGGCCCGAAGAGAUCCAGCUAAUCAUUCUGUGUUGAUCAUUUCAUAUUGAAUUCUUUCACCGCGUUCACCGCCAUUCACCGCCAUUCACCGCAUAAUAGUCUCCUACACCGCAUGAGAUAAGCAGGUCACAACAGUCUACUAUUGUCUUUAAUUUCACAAAAAUUUCAGAUCGUCCCUGGUGGCUUAGUGGUAGUUCGUAUGGCCUGUCUCUAUUAACGUUUGGGUUCAAAUCACGUUGAACUCAUAUUUUGUAGCGGACUCUCAAUAUUUUUUUUCCUUUAUUUAUUCUUGCUAUUUUUUAUACUUUUUAUACUUCUAUGUGAGAAAACGCUUUGCAAGUAGUAUAAAAUAUUGCUAUUUUGAACUUGGCCCGAAGAGAUCCAGCUAAUCAUUCUGUGUUGAUUUCAUAUUGAAUUCUUUCACCGCGUUCACCGCCAUUCACCGCAUAAUAGUCUCCUACACCGCAUGAGAUAAGCAGGUCACAACAAUCUACUAUUGUCUUUAAUUUCACAAAAAUUUCAGAUCGUCCCUGGUGGCUUAGUGGUAGUUCGUCUUGCCUGUCUCUAUUAACGUUUGGGUUCAAAUCACGUUGAACUCAUAUUUUGUAGCGGACUCACAAUAUUUUUUUUCCCUUUAUAUAAUCUGGCUAUUUUUUACUCUUUUUAUAGUUCUAUGUGCGAAAUCGCUUUGCAAGUAGUAUCAAAUAUUGCUAUGUUGAACCUGGCCCGAAGAGAUCCAGCUAAUCAUUCUGUGUUGAUUUCAUAUUAAAUUCUUUCACCGCGUUCACCGCCAUUCACCGCAUAAUAGUCUCCUACACCGCAUGAGAUAAGCAGGUCACAACAAUCUACUAUUGUCUUUAAUUUCACAAAAAUUUCAGAUCGUCCCUGGUGGCUUAGUGGUAGUUCGUUUGGCCUAUCUCGAUAAACGUUUGAGUUCAAAUCACGCUGAACUCAUAUUUUGUAGCAGACUCACAAUUUUUUUUCCCUUUAAUCUUUAUAUAAUCUGGCUAUUUUUUACUCUUUUUAUAUUUCUAUGUGAGAAAUUGCUUUACAAGCAGAAAAAAAUAUUGCUAUGUUGAACCUGGCCUGAAGAGAUCCAGCUAAUCAUUCUGUGUUGAUUUCAUAUUGAAUUCUUUCACCGCGUUCACCGCCAUUCACCGCAUAAUAGUCUCCUACACCGCAUGAGAUAAGCAGGUCACAACAAUCUACUAUUGUCUUUAAUUUCGCAAGAAAUUCAGAUCGUCCCUGGUGGCUUAGUGGUAGUUCGUCUGUCCUGUCUCUAUUAACGUUUGGGUUCAAAUCACGUUGAACUCAUAUUUUUUAGCGGACUCUCAAUAUUUUUUUUCCUUUAUUUAUUCUUGCUAUUUUUUAUACUUUUUGUACUUCUAUGUGAGAAAUCGCUUUGCAAGUAGUAUAAAAUAUUGCUAUGUUGAACCUGGCCCGAAGAGAUCCAGCUAAUCAUUCUGUGUUGAUCAUUUCAUAUUGAAUUCUUUCACCGCGUUCACCGCCAUUCACCGCAUAAUAGUCUCCUACACCGCAUGAGAUAAGCAGGUCACAACAGUCUACUAUUGUCUUUAAUUUCACAAAAAUUUCAGAUUGUCCCUGGUGGCUUAGUGGUAGUUCGUAUGGCCUGUCUCUAUUAACGUUUGGGUUCAAAUCACGUUGAACUCAUAUUUUGUAGCGGACUCACAAUAUUUUUUUUCCCUUUAUAUAAUCUGGCUAUUUUUUACUCUUUUUAUAGUUCUAUGUGAGAAAUCGCUUUGCAAGUAGUAUAAAAUAUUGCUAUGUUGAACCUGGCCCGAAGAGAUCGAGCUAAUCAUUCUCUGUUGACUUCAUAUUGAAUUCUUUCACCGCGUUCACCGCCAUUCACCGCAUAAUAGUCUCCUACACCGCAUGAGAUAAGCAGGUCACAACAAUUUACUAUUGUCUUUAAUUUCACAAAAAUUUCAGAUCGUCUCUGGUGGCUUAGUGGUAGUUCGUCUGGCCUGUCUCUAUUAACGUUUGGGUUCAAAUCACGUUGAACUCAUAUUUUGUAGCGGACUCACAAUAUUUUUUUUCCCUUUAUAUAAUCUGGCUAUUUUUACUCUUUUUAUAGUUCUAUGUGAGAAAUCGCUUUGCAAGUAGUAUAAAAUAUUGCUAUGUUGAACCUGGCCCGAAGAGAUCCAGCUAAUCAUUCUGUGUUGAUUUCAUAUUGAAUUCUUUCACCGCGUUCACCGCCAUUCACCGCAUAAUAUUCUCCUACACCGCAUGAGAUAAGCAGGUCACAACAAUCUACUAUUGUCUUUAAUUUCACAAAAAUUUCAGAUCGUCCCUGGUGGCUUAGUGGUAGUUCGUAUGGCCUGUCUCUAUUAACGUUUGGGUUCAAAUCACGUUGAACUCAUAUUUUGUAGCGGACUCACAAUAUUUUUUUCCCUUUAUAUAAUCUGGCUAUUUUUUAUACUUUUUAUACUUCUAUGUGAGAAAACGCUUUGCAAGUAGUAUAAAAUAUUGCUAUGUUGAACCUGGCCCGAAGAGAUCCAGCUAAUCAUUCUGUGUUGAUUUCAUAUUGAAUUCUUUCACCGCGUUCACCGCCAUUCACCGCAUAAUAUUCUCCUACACCGCAUGAGAUAAGCAGGUCACAACAAUCUACUAUUGUCUUUAAUUUCACAAAAAUUUCAGAUCGUCCCUGGUGGCUUAGUGGUAGUUUGUCUGGCCUGUCUCUAUUAACGUUUGGGUUCAAGUCACGUUGAACUCAUAUUUUGUAGCGGACUCGCAAUAUUUUUUUUCCCUUUAUAUAAUCUGGCUAUUUUUUACUCUUUUUAUAGUUCUAUGUGAGAAAUCGCUUUUCAAGUAGUAUAAAAUAUUGCUAUGUUGAACCUGGCCCGAAGAGAUCCAGCUAAUCAUUCUGUGUUGAUUUCAUAUUGAAUUCUUUCACCGCGUUCACCGCCAUUCACCGCAUAAUAGUCUCCUACACUGCAUGAGAUAAGCAGGUCACAACAAUCUACUAUUGUCUUUAAUUUCACAAAAAUUUCAGAUCGUCCCUGGUGGCUUAGUGGUAGUUCGUCUGGCCUGUCUCUAUUAACGUUUGGGUUCAAAUCACGUUGAACUCAUUUUUUGUAGCGGACUCACAAUAUUUUUUUUCCCUUUAUAUAAUCUGGCUAUUUUUUACUCUUUUUAUAGUUCUAUGUGAGAAAUCGCUUUGCAAGUAGUAUAAAAUAUUGCUAUGUUGAACCUGGCCCGAAGAGAUCCAGCUAAUCAUUCUGUGUUGAUUUCAUAUUGAAUUCUUUCACCGCGUUCACCGCCAUUCACCGCAUAAUAGUCUCCUACACCGCAUGAGAUAAGCAGGUCACAACAAUCUACUAUUGUCUUUAAUUUCACAAAGAUUUGAGAUCGUCCCUAGUGGCUUAGUGGUAGUUUGUCUGGCCUGUCUCUAUUAACGUUUGGGUUCAAAUCACGUUGAACUCAUAUUUUGUAGCGGACUCACAAUAUUUUUUUUCCUUUAUAUAAUCUGGCUAUUUUUUACUCUUUUUAUAGUUCUAUGUGCGAAAUCGCUUUGCAAGUAGUAUAAAAUAUUGCUAUGUUGAACCUGGCCCGAAGAGAUCCAGCUAAUCAUUCUGUGUUGAUUUCAUAUUGAAUUCUUUCACCGCGUUUACCGCCAUUCACCGCAUAAUAGUCUCCUACACCGCAUGAGAUAAGCAGGUCACAACAAUCUACUAUUGUCUUUAAUUUCACAAAAAUUUCAGAUCGUCCCUAAUGGCUUAGUGGUAGUUUGUCUGGCCUGUCUCUAUUAACGUUUGGGUUCAAAUCACGUUGAACUCAUAUUUUGUAGCGGACUCACAAUAUUGUUUUUCCCUUUAUAUAAUCUGGCUAUUUUUUACUCUUUUUAUAGUUGUAUGUGAGAAAUCGCUUUGCAAGUAGUAUAAAAUAUUGUUAUGUUGAACCUGGCCCGAAGAGAUCCAGCUAAUCAUUCUGUGUUGAUUUCAUAUUGAUUUCUUUCACCGCGUUCACCGCCAUUCACCGCAUAAUAGUCUCCUACACCGCAUGAGAAAUGUACAUAUCAUAAGGCACCGGUAAAUACUUUUGUUGAAAAGAGAAAUUUCAGAAACUUCAAUGAACAUGCAUAUUUGAAUGAUUUAAAUAAUCUAAAUUGGGAGCAGGUUUGUCUGCAUAACGACCCUAAUGAUAUGUGGACUGAAUGGUUGAAUUUGUUUAUGUCUGUGAUUGAUAAACAUGCCCCACUUAAAAAGAAACGUAUAGGGAAACGAAAGUCUCCCUGGAUUACUUCACAUGUAGUUCAGAAAAUUCGCGAAAGAGAUUAUCUAAAAAGGCAAUUCGAUAUUUCACGUGACGAUGAAAUUUGGUUACAAUAUAAGAAAGCUCGAAAUGAAACUAACAACACUAUUAGGCAGGCUAAACAUAACUACUUUAUCACUAAUAUUGAGGCUGCACGAAAAGAUCCAAGGAAAACUUGGAGACUAGUCAACGAUCUGAACUCUCGUAAAGUGAGUGAUGUAACCAGUGUCAAGAAAGUCAAUCUUGACGGUAAUGAAAUCACUAAUGCGGCUGAAAUUUCGGAUGCCUUUAAUUCAUAUUUCACCUCGAUAGGAGAGAAACUUGCGAACAAAAUACCUAGCUCGAAUGUUAAUCCCGUUUCUUAUAUUCAAACCACACAUAGUGUUUUUUCUUUCGAGGAAAUUGGUUUGUCCACUGUAAAUUGUUUGCUAAAAACGAUUAAUGCUAACAAAGCGACCGGCCCUGAUAAAGUCCCAGGUAGAUUAUUGAAAAUAGCCGCUGAUAUUCUUUCCCCCUCGUUAACCAGAAUUUUUAAUAGAUCGCUUUCUAUGGGGAUUUAUCCGACUGAUUGGAAAAUGGCAAAAGUCUUACCGUUAUUCAAAAAUGGCGAAAAAUGUGAUCUAAGUAAUUAUCGUCCAAUUUCAAUUAUAUCGGCGGUUGCCAAAGUUUUUGGUAGAACCGUUUAUGACCAAUUUUACUCCUAUCUGACAAGUAACAACUUACUGUCGAACUAUCAGUCAGGGUUUCGAGCAUCGUAUAGUACCGUUACAGCUUUAUUAGAGUCGACUAAUAACUGGUGCGUAAAUAUUGAUAAGGGAUUGCUUAACGGAGUGAUCUUCAUUGACCUAAAGAAAGCUUUCGAUACAAUUGAUCACGAAAUUCUUAUACGUAAACUCAAGUGUUAUGGUGUGGAUGACAAUGCGCUAUCGUGGUUUAAUUCCUAUUUAAACAAUCGAAAACAGAAAUGCUACGUAAAUGGCAAACUCUCUGGUAGUCGUUCUAUCUCCCAUGGAGUUCCGCAAGGCUCUAUUAUAGGCCCACUUCUGUUUUUGAUCUAUAUCAAUGACUUGCCUAACUGCUUGAACGAGGGUUUACCUAGAAUGUAUGCUGAUGAUACGAACAUCAGCAUGCAAAGUAAUAAUCUUUCUGAGCUAGAAAAUCUUAUGAAUGCUGAAAUAGCCAAUUUAAACACAUGGCUAGAAGCAAAUAAGUUAAGUUUAAAUAUUGCCAAGACUGAAUUUAUGAUUAUUGGAUCUCGUCAAAGACUUUCAACCUUUGAUAAUCAGAAUGUGGAAGUAUGUGUUAACAAUAAACAGAUUAAUAGAGUGCUGAAGUCUAAGUCAUUAGGUUUAACAAUUGAUGAGAACUUGACUUGGAAAUAUCAUGUUGAUAAUAUCACCAAAAAAGUCUCUUCGGGUAUCGGUGCUCUCAAACGAAUGAGAUAUUUUAUUACCACAGAAACUGCAAUUCGAGUUUACCAAAGUUUGGUGGAGCCCUAUUUUUCCUAUUGUGCCCCUGUUUGGGAUGGCCUAGGUAAAAGCAAAGCGAAAAAUUACAAAAAUUACAGAAUAGGGCCGCCCGUGUUAUUACCCGUUCAUCUUAUGAUAUUUCAUCAAGUUCUCUUCUUGAAGAACUUAAUUGGGAAUCAUUGUCCACUAAGCGAUUAAAGCAAAAGGCAAUCCUCAUGUUUAAUACAAUUAAUAAACAUACACCAUUCUAUUUACAAGAGAUGUUUUCUCCCAGUGAGAGUGUUUAUAACCUGAGAGAUUCUUAUGGUAAACUUUAUGUCCCAAAACCACGCACAGAUUAUUUGAAACGCUCCUUCAGUUACAGUGGAGCCUCUUUAUGGAAUGGCCUGCCAGAAUCUCUUAGAUCAGUAACCUCUCUCGCUGCAUUUAAGACAGGUUUAGAAGCCUUCUUAAUAAAUAAUCGAUCUGACUCCCACACGGCAAUCAGGUAGAACAGUAUCUAUAUUUCUUUUUGCUCCUUUUAAAAUAUUUUAAUAUUUUUGUAAAUAACUAUACUGAUGAUUUUCCGUGUUUAAAUAAAGUUGAUGUAUGUAUGUAUGAGAUAAGCAGGUCACAACAAUCUACUAUUGUCUUUAAUUUCACAAAAAUUUCAGAUCGUCCCUGGUGGCUUAGUGGUAGUUCGUCUGGCCUGUCUCUAUUAUUUCCUAUUCAGUACAAAAAACUAAUACACUUGAACGCUUAAAAUUUGAGUCUACGUUACCCUCCACCAAAAUACCAAACCUUUUAAUUUGUAAUCUCCGCUCCCUGACGUCCAAGGUCGACGAACUUGACGCUGUGGUGUCUUUUAACCAAACGGACAUGGUCUGCAUUACAGAGACUUGGUUAUCUCCUGCAAUUCCUGACAAUUUGGUAUCCUUGUCCAAUUUCAAUCUGUUUAGGAACGAUAGACUGGUUUCAAACGGCGGACGUGUUUGUGCCUACAUAAAUAGCAAUAUCUAUUGUAGACGAAUUGAGGAAUUUGAAAACUCUUCGAUUGAAUCACUGUGGUUAUCAGUGAGACCAAAGAAGCUACCCCGCUCUGUCUCGGUUAUCUUACUGGCUGUUGUUUACCAUUCAACAGCAUCCCGCCAAACUGAAAAUGUAGAAUUGUAUUCACACAUUCAAACCAAUGUGGACUCAUUUUUAUAUUCCCACCCUGAAGCUUUGGUCCUAAUUACGGGCGACUUCAAUUUUAGAAGCACGGGUCUCGAUGCAAACCAUCUUAAAAGAAUUGCUGGUCUGACGCAGAUAGUCAAGGUAGCUACCAGAUCUGAUGUAACUUUAGACUGGUGUUUAACCAACUCAAAGGUGGAUAAUAUUUACGAAUCAAUCCAACUUCCUCCCAUUGGAACCAGUGAUCAUUAUACGAUUCUUAUGAAAGCCCAACCUUCUCCCUCAAAGCCAGACAAUUCACAUAUAUGGAAACGCGAUCUCAGAGAUAGCAGGAUACGGCCUUUUGGACGAUAUAUCACUACAUUUGACUGGUCUCCUAUCUUGGACAUACAUGACUGUGAUACAAAAUAUGAAAAGUUUAACGAUACAAUGACUGUGAUGAUUGAAAAAUUCUUUCCCUUGGAACGGAUUAAAGUACGAAAGUGUGAUAAGCCUUGGAUGACGUCAUCAAUAAAGUCUGCUAUUGGGAGACGCCAAAAAGCCUUACACGAAAGCGGGAAAAAUUCAGAUAUUUAUAAAUAUUGGCGUAACAGAGUCCAAUCAUGCAUUAAAGUUGCACGAAAGAUCUACUAUAUGAGGUCAGUUGAGAAAUUAAAAAAUUCUAACCCGGCAAGAUGGUGGAAAGAAGUGAAAGCCAUUGGUGGUCUCUCGUCAAAAAAUUCUUGGUAUUCUCAGCUAUUUUCUGAUGAUGUUCGGAAUUGCGAAGAACUGGCCGAAAAUUUUAAUAACUUUCUUACUGCCCUUACAUCACAUUUUGACCCUCUAACUCUCGACGAAAUCCAGGAGGGCCUAGAAGUACCAAACCAUUACCUCGUUGACGCCCAACAGAUCUAUAUGAAACUUAGUAAAAUUAAAACCACAAAAUCACCGGGUCCUGACAUGUUUCCAAAUAAAAUCCUGAAAACAUUUGCCUUUGAGCUUGCCCCAGUUAUCUCAGACAUUUUCAACUCAUCCAUGACACAAGGCACCUUCCCAAAGGCAUUGAAGAGAUCUAUUGUAGUGCCUGUCCCUAAGGUAUCACCCCCAAAGAAUAUUGAAGACGACCUACGACCAAUAUCUUUAACAUCUCAGAUCGCCAAAGUUAUGGAGGAUUGUACUUUGGACAAUUUUUUUCCUGAAGUUGUAAAUAAACUUGACACCAAACAAUUUGCACUCCCAAAGAAAUCAACGACCCACGCUUUGGUCUACCUUUUACAUUCAAUCUUGGUUGCUCUUGAGAGAGGUUCCUGUACUGCCAGAUUGUUCUUUGCAGAUUUCAAGAAAGGUUUUGACCUAGUAGACCACAAUGUUAUUAUUAAAGAAUUAACCCUGCUUGGUACCCAUCCCUCUAUAAUUCGGUGGAUUAAAGCCUUCCUCUGCGAUCGCGAACAAUGUGUCCGGGUGGGAACUUCUAUGUCCUCUUGGAAGAAAACAAAUGGUGGCUUGCCACAAGGUACAAAGUUGGGUCCAUUAUUGUUUGCUGUUCUCAUUAAUUCCUUACUCAAAAACUGGCCCAGUAGGAUCAAGUUUGUGGAUGACACCUCAGCCCUAGAGAUUAUACCACGUUUUUCAUCCAGUUUAAUGCCAUUAGUCGUAAAUGAAAUCUCGGACUACGCCUUAGAACGUGGAAUGGAACUAAAUUAUAAGAAAUGCAAACAAAUGUUGAUCAACUUUCUUAAAUAUAAAGGAUCUGAUGAUGAAAACCCGAUCUAUGUUGCAGGUAAACCGGUGGAAACUGUGUCCUCUUUCAAACUCCUAGGUGUAUGA